AUGGUCCUUGAACGCAUCACUUUCAGCAGUUUUUAAGUGAGCAGCAUUUUGCGCUUCAGUCAGACACAAGUGAAAAUGCCCGCAGAUCUGAGCCAGUGGACCGGGCCUCUUACCCUGCCUGAGGUCGAGGAACAGCCUUCAAAGCCUCUGACUGUUAAAUACGGAUCUGUGGAGAUCGACGAGCUCGGGAAAGUGCUCACACCAACCCAGGUGCAGAACCGACCCACAUGCAUCGAGUGGGAAGGAUGUGACUCCAGUAAGUUGUACACUUUGGCCCUGACCGACCCCGAUGCUCCCAGCAGGAAGGACCCCAAAUUCAGGGAGUGGCAUCACUUUCUGGUGGUCAACAUGAAAGGAAAUGAUGUGUCAUCCGGCUGCGUCUUGUCCGACUACGUGGGCUCUGGUCCUCCCAAAGGCACAGGUCUCCACAGGUACGUGUGGCUGGUGUAUGAGCAGUCAGGCAGCCUGUCCUGCUCCGAGCCCGUCCUCACAAACCGUUCUGGAGACGGACGUGGCAAAUUCAAGAUCCAAAGCUUCAGGAAGAAAUACAACCUCGGAGCCCCGGUGGCAGGAACCUGCUACCAGGCCGAGUGGGACGACUACGUCCCCAAACUGUACGAGCAGCUGGCUGGAAAAUAAACUAAAAGACUUUGGAGCGUUCAGCACUUGGAAUUAUCGCAGAGGCUGCUGCUCUGUAGGAAAUUCCCUAAAAAAUCCAAAAACCCCAACAAUGACAAAGCAUAUUUUGUGUGUGCCACUUAAUUCUAAUUGUUUUCUAGCUGUUUUUUUUCCCCUAACCACGCUGUGACUAUAAUAACCGCUCCUCUCAAUGACAUCACCUGCACUAUUCUGCAAUAAAUCUGUUAAACACUGAAA